AUGGGUAGAAAUUAUCCUGCUUUUCUUCAAUUUCAUCAUUUGAAUAACUGUUUCGGUUAUGUUAAAAAUGAAAUCCUAUUCGAUUCAACCGUGAAGAUUAAUUAUAACCCAGCUAGUUUGGGAGACUUACUUGGAACGUUUAUAGUAAGAUCAUGUAGCGAUCCUCAUGUUACUCUUGUUGUUCAACUAUACGGACGACAACCUUUCUCCCAUCUCUUCUUGAAUGCCGUGCUAGCGACCAAUGCAGGCUUCCAAGAGACUCAAGAAGUGAUCGUUGAAGUUGUGGAACCGACAAACUGCCAAGGUGUUGAGAUCGUUCCUAUGUCCGCUCAAGACUAUGAAAUUAUGGAUAAAUCAAGUUCUGCUGUAGAAUCUCUUUUUCUCGAUCAAUUAACCGUCGUUAAGAAGGACAUGGUUUUUCCACUUUGGUUAUCACCUUCAAUGCAUGUUCUAUUCAAGAUUGUCAAUAUUGUUCCGCCAACUGAUUCCCCUGUAUACUUGGUUCCUAGUUCAGAAUUAUACGUUUUACCCUAUUUAACACCUGCCAAAGGCUUGCCAUACUCACAGAGUUCUCUAUCACAGGUUGACACAGUUUUUCAUGGUGUUACCACAGACUUUUCGGAGACCAGAUUCCAUUCCUCAGAAUAUAUAAAUAAUCUCAUUAUCCGAUGUUUGCCAAGAUUGUUGUUUGAAAAAUGUAAAAUCUUCAAUCAAUCUUCACAUCCAUCUUUAAUUUAUACGCUCAAUAAAGAUGAGCAAUACUCUUCCUUUAAUAUUGUUUCGACGUACCGAAAUGAUGAACCGAAUGCAGCUCCGGUGUAUGCCGUCCUGAUACAAGUUCCCAUUAACAAUGUGUCCAAUGACGAUAUGCACAAAGCUGUCAUCUCUCUGUUAAAACAUCGGCCGAAUCAUUUCAUUUCGACAAAUCCGUUGUACUCGUGUUAUACUCAAAUACUCUGCCAAAGUGUCAAUCCUAAGAAUAUUUGGAAUCUUAAACGUUGUCAAGUUUCGAUAAUGAAGAAGGAAAGCGAAGAUUCUCCUUCGUUGGAUAAUAAGAAACUUAUUGAGCGAUCUCUGCAGAGUUUGAGUGCAUUCUAUCCUAUUAUUAUGGGAUGUGAUGGUAUCAAGUUCAUCCUUCCUAACUUAGACCAAGAAAUAAAAGUGUUCUUGGAGCCUAGUGUGACAGACAUUUCCAGCGGAGAUCUUAAUAAGAGAUUUGUCUGUUAUGCUGCUCGUAACAACACAAUUUUCGUAUUUGAUGAAGACGAGAACCAAGCCGAUUCUGAUAUCAUAGAGACUCCAUUACCUAAUCAUGGACUCGCCAAAUUACCACCCAUUCUUAAUUUGGAUUGUCAGUCGCCGAUUGUCCAUGAAAUCAUGAACUUCGUCAAUUUCUUCUCCAGCUUAAGUACCAAAAAACAUGUUGGACAUAUCUUACUGCUAGGAAAAGAAGGAUGCGGGAAAACUUAUAUUGUUAGCCGGGUUGCACGCAAAUUAGCUAAAUCUUCUCAAUGUGUGUUUUCCCACUAUAUCGACUGUUGUGCUUGGAAAGGAAAGCAAAGCGAUACCAUUGAGAAGAGCUUGAUAUCUGAAAUGAAGAGGCUGGAAAAAAUGCAACCUGCUCUUCUUGUGUUGGAUAACCUUGAUUUCUUUCAAGUCACUGGGGAAGAUGAGCACAGACAGUUGGCUGUCGAGAGACUCUUCAACAUGUUGCACAGAGUACUACUGGAAUCAACAAUUCCUGUUCUGACCACCGCAAGAAAGUUAUCUUCCCUGCACAAGUCUCUUAGUAAUCAAGGAAGCAAACGAGCAUUCGCAAAUGUCAUCGAAAUACCGACACUGAAUCAAGUUAGUUGA